AUGCCUCAAGUAGUACGUCCGUUUCUCCGGAAGAUUUUUCACCUACCCGACCGACCCGACAAUCCCGACGAUCGGGAAGGCUCUCGGGACAAAGAGAAGGGCGUUGCCGUUGUGAUGUCUUGUGCGUCUUCCUACCGCAAAGAUUCGACGGAAGUCUCUGCCGCCAGCAUCGAUAUCUCUCACCCCACGAAAAUCGCCGCCGCCACCGCUACGUCCGCCUCGCAACUCCCAGCCGCGCCGGCGACCGAUUCCACCAAGACCGAGACGUCCACUGACGCGGAUGGUGUCACCCCCAGCUUACCCGUGCGACUCUGGGACCGCGCCUACAAUGAUUUCAAACGAGAAGAGGCGGACUUGGUGGAUGUGUACGAGAAGAUACUGUCCCGGCAGCUCCAGGAUGGCCUCGGCUCAGUGGUGCCCGAGUCCCAGCCGAAUACGAUCGCCCAAAACAACUCGGACACGAGGCGCCACCAGAUGACCCAGCUCAUCCAUGCCGGUCUAGACAAGAUUGGGAGGGAGGCCACGGUGAAAGAGGGCCUUGGCGUGGCCGUGGAUGUCGUUUUGUCAGCCAGAAACAUCAUAAGUUUGGCAAUUCAGGCUUUGCCCCAAGCCGCGCUCGCUUGGACUGGCAUUUGCCUCACUCUAGAGUUGCUUGCCAACCCCGUAAAGGCGACCGAAGCGAACCGCAAAGGGAUCGCCUACGUUGUGAAGAGGAUGGACUGGUACUGGAGCCUGUCGGGCAACCUUCUUAAGGAUCUGCCCGACCACGCCGAUAUGCUCUCGGGAGUGAAACACGAACUGGAAAACCAAAUCGUCGACCUCUACAAAAUGCUCCUCUCUUACCAAGUCAAGAGUGUCUGUUCUUAUUACCGUAACCGCGGUUUGGUUCUCCUCCGGGAUGUGAUCAAGCUUGACAACUGGGAUGCAGACUUUGGGGGUAUCCGAGACGCCGAGAAGCGCUUCCAAGAUGAUACCCAGACAUACAAUGCUCAGCAAGUCACAUCUCAUCUCGGGCAGCUCGUUAGCCAUGCAAGGAACCAGGAGAUACAGCAAAUGUCGGAGAAGGACCAGCAAUGCCUGAAGCACCUGCGCCUUACCAAUCCUCGCGAUGAUAAGGCCCGUAUCGAGCGGACAAAAGGCGGCCUCCUACAAGACUCGUAUCGCUGGGUCCUCGGCAACCCCGACUUCCAGCGAUGGCGUAACUGCCCGGAAAGCCGGCUGCUCUGGAUCAAGGGCGACCCCGGCAAGGGGAAGACCAUGUUGCUGUGCGGCAUCGUCAACGAGCUGGACCAAGACGGUAGUACCGACGUAUGCUAUUGCAAUGUGGCCUACUUCUUCUGCCAGGCUACCGACUCCCGUAUCAACAAUGCAACCGCCGUGCUCCGUGGCUUGAUCUACCUGCUUCUCGACCAGCAGCCGUCUCUCCUCUCCCACGUGCGGAGCGAGUACGACCGGGCAGGCGAAACUCUCUUUCAAGAUGCAAAUACUUGGGAUGCCCUAUCGAGAAUCCUUGCCAAUAUUCUGCGAGACCCAAGCCUACGAACGACCUACUUCCUCAUUGACGCACUUGACGAGUGCGUGACGGACCUGCCACAGCUUCUCGACUUGAUCGCCCAGAAAUCAUCUGGAUCUCCUCGAGUCAAGUGGAUUGUAUCGAGUCGCAAUUGGCCAGAAAUCGAGGAGCGGUUGGAAACAGCCACAGAGAAAGCGAGGCUGAGCCUUGAGCUGAACGCCCAAUCUGUCACCACCGCCGUCAACGCAUACAUCGGCCAUAAAGUCCUUUACCUGUCGCAGUUGAAACAGUACGACAGCAAGACAGAGACUGCUGUACGAGACUAUCUUUCCUCCAACGCGAGCGGGACCUUUCUCUGGGUGGCCUUGGUCUGCCAAGCACUUGCGGACCCGAACAUUCGGAGACGGCACAGCCUUGCAAAGUUGCACACGUUUCCGCCCGGGCUUGACUCUUUAUACGCGCGGAUGAUGAAGCAGAUUAUCCAUUCCGAGGAUGCAGGACUCUGCAAGCAGAUUCUUGGCGUCGCGGCGAUUGUUCGCCGGCCGGUCAGCCUCAACGAACUCACCUCUCUUGUUGAGUUGCCGGAUAACGUUUCCGACGAUCCGGGGUCCUUGGAAGAGAUCGUCAAGCUCUGCGGCUCGUUCCUGACUCUUCGAGAACAAACCGUCUAUUUCGUCCACCAAUCUGCCAAGGACUUUCUCCUUGGCAGGGCUUCGGACAAAGCCUCCAACAAAGCUUCUCAAGAGGCUUCCGGCUGGGUCUUCCCUUUUGGGACAGAAAAUGUGGACCAUAUCAUUUUUUUGAGGUCGCUCGAUGCGAUGUCCACAACAUUACGGCGCGACAUGUACGGCUUAGGCGCACCGGGAUUUCUGAUCGACAACGUCCGAGUGCCGGACCCGGACCCGCUGGCAACGGUGCGGUACUCGUGCGUCUACUGGGUUGGCCACCUGUGCGACUCGGUUUCCGGCACGGGCACAUACCGGGACGAUCUUCUACAGGAUAACAAGGCUGUCCAUAUCUUCCUCAAGACAAAGUACCUUUACUGGCUCGAAGCUCUCAGUUUACAGCGAGCAAUGUCAGAGGGUAUCAUCGCUAUAAGACGGCUCGAGGGCUUGCUGGGAUACAAUAACGGGCGCGAGUUGACAAACCUUGUUCGGGAUGCGCACCGGUUUGCUCUGUCUUACAGAUGGAUCAUAGAGCAAGCUCCGCUUCAAGCAUACGUAUCAGCCCUUGUAUUCGCCCCAGCCGGCAGCUUGAUAAAGGCGUAUUUCAAGGUAGAAGAACCUAACUGGAUUAAAACGAAGCCGGCCGUAGAAGCGGAUUGGAAUACAUGCCUGCAGACAUUAGAAGGCCAUCACGACUCGGUUUGGUCGGUCGCGUUCUCGCCUGACGGCCAGCGGCUCGUGUCCGGUUCGGGCGAUAAUAUCGUCAAGAUCUGGGACGCCGCAUCGGGCAGCUACCUACAGACGUUGCAAGGCCAUCACGACUCGGUUUUAUCGGUCGCGUUCUCGCCUGACGGCCAGCGGCUCGUGUCCGGUUCGCGCGAUAACAUCGUCAAGAUCUGGGACGCCGCAUCAGGCAGCUGCCUACAGACGUUGCAAGGCCAUCGCAGCUCGGUUUUGUCGGUCGCGUUCUCGCCUGACGGCCAGCGGCUCGUGUCCGGUUCGGUCGAUAACACCGUCAAGAUCUGGGACGCCGCAUCGGGCA